CCGAGAUGAGCUCCUCAGAAGGGGUACGGAGAUAAAACUGUGAGGGAACAUUUGAGAUUCUUCAGUUAUUAUUCAGAAGCUCAGCACUGCACUGUGCCUGCUGCAGGGACAUGGAGCCGCACCGGAAUCUCGGACUUCCAUAAAACCAGUGGGCUUCGAUUUGGUCACCGUCUGGAAAGUACAGUGAUCUGCAACACCAAAAUCAACUGCAGCCUCCACAUGUAGCUGAGCAAAAUGCUGGGUUCUUGGUGAGGGUCAGAAAAUGAACGGCUCCUCCUGCUGUGAUCCUGCAGCUGUCAUGUACCAGCAGAGAUCAGGACUUGACCUCAACGCCAGCUGUGAAUGGCCAGAUCCUCACUGUAACUGGACAUCAGUGGACGGUGCUCUGCAGCUGCCUACUUUUUCCACUGCAGCGAAGAUCAGAGUGAUUGUUACCUUUAUCCUGUGUGGCAUAUCCACUUUUUGCAAUUUGGCUGUGCUUUGGGCUGCCAAUGGGCACAAGCGUAAGUCCCAUGUUAGAGUUCUGAUAAUCAACUUGACUGCAGCUGAUCUCUUAGUUACCUUCAUCGUGAUGCCUGUAGAUGCAGUGUGGAACAUCACAGUUCAAUGGCUGGCCGGCGACCUGGCCUGCAGAUUCCUCAUGUUCCUCAAGCUUCAGGCCAUGUACUCCUGUGCCUUUGUCACAGUGGUGAUUAGUCUGGACAGACAGUCGGCUAUCCUCAACCCUCUGGGCAUCGCUAUGGUCCGGAAAAGGAACAGGGUCAUGCUAAUGGUGGCUUGGAUCAUGAGCGCCUUGCUCUCAAUCCCACAGAUGUUCAUUUUCCAUAAUGUGACCAUUACCUAUCCAGCAAACUUCACUCAGUGCACCACCAGGGGAAGCUUCGUUACGCACUGGCAAGAAACCGCUUACAACAUGUUUACCUUCUGUUGUCUCUUCCUGCUGCCGCUGGUUAUUAUGAUUAUUUGCUACACCAGGAUCUUUAUUCAGAUCUCCAAACAGAUGACAAAAAAGAACAUGCCCUCCAAUGAGCCACAUCUCCGCUGCUCAAAGAACAACAUCCCAAAAGCAAGAAUGAGAACUCUGAAAAUGAGCAUUGUUAUUGUGAUCUGCUUCAUUGUGUGCUGGACUCCGUACUACCUGUUGGGUCUAUGGUACUGGUUCUUCCCAGAUGACCUGGAGGGAAAAGUCUCUCACUCUCUGACCCACAUCCUAUUCAUCUUUGGUCUUUUUAAUGCCUGCCUGGACCCCAUCAUAUAUGGCCUGUUCACCAUACGCUUCCAGAAGGGGCUGAGAAACUGCUAUCGCAAAGCCGCUGUAAUGUCCAGCUUGGAGACUAAUGCAGUAAUAAUGGAGUCCUUGAAAUGUACUGGAUCUGUCUUACCAUCUAAAAGAGGCAUGACCAGUGGUGAAAAGGACAUCAGCUCUGAACAGGCUGAGGCAAAAUCCACUGACAACAGCGUCUGACAGUGUUUAGUCGCAGGGAGAGGGGCAACAUUGGCAUUUCAUUGUUUGGGCUGUUUGUUUACUGAACUUAUUGGUUUUUACAAUUACAACAUGCAUGUGUAGAAUAAGUCUAAAGACACAAUCUAUCUAUCACUUGUAGACAAAUUAUGUCCAUGUGUCUGUGUAGCCUGUGUGAUGCUUGAGGUUGUCCAUAUUAAUUUAAGGUUACAUAUCUUCAUUACCCAGUAAAACACAUUUACCGCUACAUGAUAUGUUUAACUGGUUUUGAGCCGGCUAUGUGAGCUAUACAUUCACCAAGAUGUGCUAAAGGAUACAACAUUGAAUAAAUGAUAGAAGAUGCUGAUUGGUUACUAAAGAGUGCUUCCUGAGUUCUGAUGUAAAGGGUUUGUCGGAGCUUAAAAGUAAUCAGAAGAGUCCUUCAUGUGCAGAUACAACUAAAGAAAGAGCUACAGAUGCAUACCAACUGUCAGUCGUGGUCUGAAAUACGAUGAUUUCAUUAUGUAUGUCACAUGACAUUUUCGCUUGUCAUUAUAAGAAAGUAACAUGCAUGAUAGCUAUGACAGACUUUUAAUAUCAGAUGCCUGAAACUUACCAGAAAGUACUAUUAUAGGACUAUUUUAAAACAAUUAGGUUUUGUCCCUUUAUUUUUCUGCUAGAAUUAUUUUUCACAUCAUAUAUUUAGGACAUCAUGUAUAAUGGUAUCGUUGUGUAGUGGUUUUCACAUUUGCCUAAUGAGCAAAAUAUUCAGAGUUGAUUCUCGGCGGCAUCAGAAAGGGGAUCCAGUGCAAAACUCAGACAUGUGGAGCUACUCACUGCGGUGACCCAUUGUGAAUAAGGGAGCAGCUGAAACUAGUUUUCUAUGCAGGACUAUUACAUGCACGUUUAAUGAAGAUUGUUAGGUUCCUUUGCAUGAAUAAGUUGGCUCAAUUGGCUGGACUACGAAAAAGCUGAUGAAACGGAUCAACUGUUUCAACUUAAAAUUGUCAGAAAUUGGCAGGAAAUUUUUUUUUUUCCUUGUCUGUGGGUCCAAGAAAUGUUUCAAAAUGACUGCUUAUCAAAUAUGUCAAGAUAUUUUUUAAAAAAAGGAAAAAUCAGUUUAGAAAGAAAUCUGUCACUGAAAAUGUUUACUGAACAUUAGCAUUUUGUUUCAUUAGACGAAAAUAUAUUUGAUUGACUUUCCUAACAAGCCUCCAUUUCAUAAAGUCAAUAAUUAAAAUGCAAUGGAUCUAAUGAUUAGCAUACAGUUUUUUUCUGCUAAAUAUAUAAUUAAAAAACUUAUUCAAAUUAUUCUAUGUUGUGUAAUCACUAAGAUUAUUUCAUGUAGCAUCAGGUGGCUUCAACAGCUCAAACCCCGUCUCAUAAUAUUCUGUUAAAUGAGCCCUGAAUACCAAACACAGUAGAGACAAAGCAUUUUGACCAUGCAAUAGACAGGGCCACAAAUCACAGCAUGUUAUUUUCCCCCUGCACAACAGAAUGAGUGUCUCAAAAAAUUGAAUAUGACACAACCUUCACACAAAAUGUGAUACUGUAGGACUGGCUAACAAUUACGUUAAAGCAAGACAAUAAAUCUGAGCUAGGCUCCUAGUAAAUCUUCUGAGUUACACUUCAGAAAGGGCAGUGGGGUUGUCACCCAUUCAUUGAUUCUUCUUUUCAUGUCUUUAUGAUCGCAGGGAACACAGUGGUGACCAUAGAAGCGUUAGUAUUUUGCCUAACUUCUGGGACUCACUGGCCUCUGAGAGCAUCAGCAGCAAGGAGUGUGAGCUGACCAAACCUUAAUGAAAUCAAUCCCUUCCAGCAGGUUUUUAUAACUUAAUUGAUUCUGAU